AUGAUGUCUCAGUCAACUUCCGAUAAGAGGAGACGCGACAAGACGGUCCUGAGCUGCACUUUCUGCAGAGCGCGCAAAAAGCCUGAAGAGUGCAGCUAUCCCUCCUCCGAGCAGCAGCGAAAAGAUGCCAUCGACUACAGACCUCAUGUCAGAAGCCAAGGAGCUCGCCAAAGAAUUGCCCGUCUGGAAAAGCUCGUCACUGAGAUGAGAGACAUGAUGCAGAGCUCUGGUCAGCAAUUAGAAAUUUCAGACCAGGGACUUAUUGACCACGUACCGUCACUUCCUCCUUCCGAUGCUCACGCGACAGAAAACAUGGGCAAAUUAAGCCUCACAGAUGGCCAUGCAGUCUAUAUGGGCAGCUCUCAUUGGGCCACGAUUUUGGAAGAUAUCCAACAACUCAAAGACGAGCUAUCCGACGAUGACUCGGACAGCGUCAUAACUCAAGAGUCGACAACAUUCCAUGGAUCAUUAGGCACUAAGAUCUCUCUUCUCACUGGUGUCAGCUGUCUUCCGAGAGAAAAGAUUAUGGCCAUGAUACCCGCACGAAAAGUGGUCGACAGACAUGUCGCCCAGUUCUUCAAUGCUUUCGACCUCGCCCCUGUACGCAAACUUUUGGAAAAUCCUUCAGCCGCUCCCAUUAUGUGGGUAGGACUCUUGUUUAGCAUGAUGAGUACAUCUGCAUUCCUUCAGCAGCAAGAAGUUGAGGCUCUAAAAUUGUCCAAUGUGGAAUCCCAAACCAUGCUUGAAACAUACCGAACUCUCACCAUCCACUGCCUGGUCGCUGGAGAUUACCUCCGACCGAGCAGGUAUACCAUCGAAACACUGACAUUACAUUUUGCUGUGGACCAAAACGUGAACAUGGACACAAACAUUGGAAACUGGGUCCUGAUUGGUGUCGUGAUUCGGAUCGCAUUGCGUAUGGGAUUGCACCGCGAUCCAUCCCACUGGCCAAAUAUUAGACCAUUACAGGCAGAACUUCGACGGCGGAUCUGGAUUGCCCUGUACCAGAUGGACUAUUUCACCAGUACACAAAUUGGACUUCCACGUAUCAUAAAGGACUCCCAGUGCGAUACACGACCGCCCGCGCACUUGUUUGACGACGAUAUUGGCUUUGAGCACGACGAGAUUCCACCUGAGCGGCCGCUGACAGAUCAUAGUCCACUCUUACACAUAAUCCAGAGAAAUCCUAUCAUCAAAGUCUCAGCAGAGAUCUAUGAUACUGCUGAAGUAGCGCCGCCAACCUCCGCUACUAUUGCUGUACUAAGUGCUAAGCUCCAAAAGGCUAUCGAUGCCCUCCCCGAGUGGCUCAAGUACAACUCUCUGGAAACAGAAAUUGCAGACAACCCCGUCACCAUCCUAAAUCGGAUGUUUCUGGACAUCCUCAUUCAAAAGGCCAUUUACCUCCUCCAUCGGCACAGCUUCAUGAAAGGAUCUGCGGGAGAAGAAAGCACAAACUCCAAUGACAUAUGCAUCCAAUCUGCGCUUGCAAUUUUGGAGCAUCAGAGAAGAAUGAGCGAAGAGACUCAACCCGGAGGUCUUAUGUUCAGCAUUCGUUGGAAGGUAGCUUCAUCGCUCAGUCAUGAUUUCCUGCAAGCUACGAUGAUGCUGUGUUUCGCUCUGAGCAGAAUCAAUAAUGGAGAUGCUGGGAUGUCAAAUUCCUGCGCUCCGCAUAGGCGAGAUGACAUCGUAGAAGCCUUGACUAGUGCGAAGGCCAUAUGGGAGAAGAAUGCCGACCGGUCUGUUGAGGCACAAAAGGCAGCCAAGGCCAUCACGAAAGUGCUGAAACAAGACCUGGACAAAUCGAGCAUGUCCGCUUGGACUCUUUCAGGUGGACUUUCUGACCAGGUGCCAGAGAUAGCUCCGAAGAGCCAAUUUGGCGGUUUCGAUUAUGGACAGGACAUGGCUUUAGAUCUAUCCUUAUUUACGGUCAACGAUGAGAUAGCGCCGUUCGAAAAUAUGCUGGACGACUUCGUCAGUAUAGAGAGAGGUUGGCCUGAAGACAUUUCGAAAUUGUGGCCGGAUCAGGCGCCUCAACCGUUUGAUCAAGGGGCUUAUUAUGAAUGA